AUGGAGAACUUCAACAGCCAGAGCUGGCAACUUCACGCGGAAAACAAAGACCAGAUAGCACAAUACCCUCAGUGGAACCAGCCGCAGGGGUUGAAUUUGUUCGAACAGACCAAUUACGAGAGGCCCCAGCAGAAUACAGAAAAUACCCAGGCUUACAACUCGGAUGGCUACUACGGCCAUGAACAGCAAUACCUGGCUCCUCAAACCCAGGCCCCUAUGGAGGGAACGCUUUUCCACGUGGGAGAUGAAAUGCAAUACUUUCCAGGUUCGAACACGAACAUCUCUCAAACACCGAUACCGCAUGAACAGCAUCAGGAGAAUGGUCAGUGGAGUGCACUAGCUCCGUCGCAGUCUCCUGCAAUGAUAGACGAGCCUCGUCCUUUGAAGCAUUCGGCAGAACGGUUAGACGAAGCUUCACCUAAACACUUCAAAACGAACGAGGGAACGGUGGAAAAAAGAGCAGCCUCGCCAGCUUCGACAAGCAUCCAGCUCGACGUCUCGGACGAAGAGAGCGUGACUAGGACUAUGGCAGAGAUCUUUGCGCCCGGGCGUACUGAUGAGAUUAAAACUAGAGAUGUCAAGGCCCUUAUCAAGAAGAUAAGUGUCCAGUAUAAAGACCAGUUCAUCAGGGUGUUUGAGCUAUGGUUAAUCGUUUGCGCCUACUUCGAAGAGUCCACCUAUGAUAAGCCCACGGAUUUCAGGUUCGUGGUUCUGCUUGCGAUUUUGAAUGUGAGAACCGAAGCUAACAUUGACUGGAGAUACGGCUUCAAGACGAAGUUCUUCUUCAGAAUCUGCAAAUGGUUGAGAACUGCUGUGAAGGCUUCCUCUGAAAUGUCGAUCAGAGCACUGUUGUCCUGCCUUUUGGUGAUCAGAAUGCCAACGACCUUGCUUGAGCAGUAUCAAUUCAUGAAGGUGCUGCUCCUCGUUCAGAAGAAAUCCACCAAUGAGUCCUUCAAGAGUUUAGUCGGGUCUAUUCUUCAGUAUGGAGAAGACUCCGAGGCUUCUUUCAGAGCAGAUUUGACGAAUGCUGAAAAGCCCAAUAAUUCUGGAAGGUCGGUGUCGCCUGUUGUGGUAUCCUCCGGUGUGAAACCUGUCAAGCGUGCUACUCCGGCUGUGUUUAAGACCAAGCCAGUUGAAAAGGUUGAAAAGCUUCCAGCGGUCUCGACCACACCACCUCCCACACAACUAGUUACUGCCGAAAAGGCUAAACCCUCAAAGCUUGCUGUCCCUGCUGCUUCAGCACCAGCACCAGCUAUUCAAAAACCAAAAGUUGCCAAAUCUUCCAUACACGUUGCCACAACUGCGAAAAAGACGAGCGCGCCUGUGACGAACAAUACCGUGGAUAGCGCCAAAACUACGACUGCUCAAACCACCAAGCCAGCUUCUGCAGCAGCUCCAGCUAAACAAUGGAGUCUCUCUGAAUAUACCAAAAGCAUCAAGAAGAAGCAAGCACCAGUUGCUGAGGCUCAAAAGCCAGUUACUCCUACUGUGUCCGAAGAUCCAAAGAUUCCAAUUAUCGAAAAGAAAAAGAACGAAAAUGGUCUCAUCAGCAUUCUCAAAAUUACGGGACAUGUGGGUCCUAAAAAAUCGGUCAAGUUCAAUGAUGCUGAACUGGUUCAGGCCCGUCGUUUCUACAGCGAUUCGGAAACCUAUCGUCCCCAUGAAGACCUCAAUGAGACCCGAAGAGACGAGGCCUCUGCUCUGAGAGAAGCUAUGUUAGACCUCGAUUGGAAGGACCCAGAAGUGAUUGUUUUUGACAGUAUUCCUUGGUUGACUAGCACUGUGUCCCAAGACGCGCUUCCAAAAGGAAAGAAGCGCUCGGGCACCAUUUUGAACUCCAUGGAGGAGGAAUUCGAGCAGGCUCGUAUAACUGGUCCCAACGUGGAUCCCGAUCCAUACUCGCCUUUGGAAUCCAGCUUAUCUCAGGAUUCGGACUUGGUGCCUAAAUUCACUCGUCCAAUGGUUUCCUUCCUCUUUGAUGAUGAGGGAAACACUUCAUUGCAGAUUGACAGUGCGGCAGCACCAAGCCUGGUUCAAGCGUACGACGAUGAUGACGAUGACGACAAUUACAGUCCAACCUUGGAUGUUUAUCCAAAAGAUGGUGUUGACGAUGAUGAUGAUGACUCUGCUUAUGAGCCGGGUCUUUAA